GUUCUAAUGUUUAUUUUUGAAAUCUAGAGUUAAUUUCCAAUUUCCACACAACAUAACUAGUGAUAAGGAGGUGAUUAUUCCAAAAUAGUAUUUUUUAAAUUUGUUCCUUAAAUGUUAAUAUAUUCUUAAUUUUUAACUUCUAAAAUUUUCAUCAUAAUCGGUUAAUUAGGUACCAAGAAUCCUUGUUUUCAUCUUAUGUGAAAAAUGAUCUUACGUAGAACAAGUAGUAUAUCUAAAAGGCUGUUUUCAAAUCAAAAUGCUUUGCAGCCGUUAAAUGAACGAUCCCUUCUAGAAGUAAAUGGUCCAGAUGCAUCAGAAUUUUUACAAGGAUUAAUUACAAAUGAUAUUCACCAUAUUAGUAAUUCUGUAGGAAGCAUGUUUGCAAUGUUUUUAAAUUUAAAAGGUCGCAUUUUAUAUGAUACCAUAGUAUACAAGACUGAUAAAAAAGAUUCAUAUUGGCUUGAAUGUGACAGCGCAGUGAGUUCAGCAUUACAAAAACAUCUUAAAAUAUACAAGGUUCGACGGAAAGUGAACAUUUCCAGUUUAGGAAAUCAUAAAAUACAUGCUUUAUUUAGUUUAAAUAGUGAUCACCAACAAAAUGUUAAUAUACUAACUGGAAGUUACGAUACUAAUGCAUUUCCAGGAACUUCAACUGAUAUAAAAACUCAUAAGGAUUUAUUAAUAUUCAAAGAUCCUAGAGUAUCACAAUUGGGUUUUCGAAUAAUUUCCUCUAGUAAUAAUGUUUCUAAUACAAUCAAAGAUAUUAUCGAUUGUGAUAUAAAUAGCAGUUAUAAAAAAAUUAGGUAUAAUUUGGGUAUAGGGGAAGGCAUAAGUGACUUAUUAGCUGGAAGUUCCUUUCCCUUGGAAUGUAAUGGUGAUUUUUUGCAUGGAAUUAGUUUUCAUAAAGGUUGUUAUAUAGGACAAGAACUAACAGCAAGGACUUACCAUACAGGAGUGAUAAGAAAACGUUUAAUGCCUUUACUUUUUACCAAAGUACCGAGUUCUUUACCAGAAAAUAACUCAAUUAUCCAUGAUGGUGUAAAUUUAGGGAAACUAAGGGGUAUUGAAGGCGAUGUUGGUAUUGCACUGUUAAGAAUAGACAAAGCCUUGAAAUUUGGAAAUAUAUCAGUAGGUGAUGGAGGAGCCAAAGUUAUUAAACCACAUUGGUGGCCUAUAGAAUUACCAAAGGAAAAACAAGAAACUACCCAUGCUUCAAUUUAACUAUGAUUUUAAUCUAAUUUAAUAUAGAAAAUUCAGGAAAAUAUUUUAAAAUUUUUUUGACUGUGAUACAUAAUGAUGCAGGGGUUAAGAAAUAUAAUUCUUGUUACAGAUUGCAUAUAAUCAUGCAAAGUCAAAACAGUUUAUCCACAAAAGAAACCAUGGAAGAAAAGCCUAGUACAUCAGCAUCAUACAUAGAAAGUAGUGAUGUUAAAGAAAAUCCAAAAGACAAACAUCAAGAAAAUAUUUUUAAAUGUGCAUUAUGUAAUCUCAAUGAGAAAUU